AUCAAUGAUUAAAAUGCCGCCCUGUUGUGUGAUCUGUCUCCCGGUCAGCUUUACGUAAAACAAAGUGCAGCUAUUUGCCGCCCAGCCCAGUUGUCGAUAUCGGCCGGUAGCAAUCUGGGCAUGGGAUAUAAGCUGUGUGUAGGAUGUAGUCGUAAAAUGGUUCCUACGGUUGAUUUGCCGCGUUCCUAUGGGCAGUUGCAUUGGACUGAGCUUUAAAACAGGCCCAUCCCUUACUCCAAACGGUAAGGUAACUGGUAAAAGCAAUCCCAUUUUUUCGAGUUUUUGCUGCUCGAAAUAAUGCUUGCACGAGUGCAUCGCGUGUCACGGCGAUUGGUAAACGCAUUUGGACCAAUUACUCCCAAAAAAUUUUAAACCCCGGGGUGCGUGUAAGCCUGCAUGAGCUAAGCCGUUCAUAACCGCACACAGGAAAAUACCAAGCACCGGAGGUUUUUGUUUGAGACUUGCUGGCAAGGGAGAGGACCGGUCGAAAAGGCUCGAAUAUGGCUGCGGUGCGUUUCAAGAAGAGACUUCUGCUGGCAUCCCUCCCCAAAGUUGAGCGGGGCGGUUAAUUUCUUCGUGCCCACUACAAACGGAGCCAGCCCGGUCGGUCGCGGGUAACUAUAAAACCACCGAGUGACCAGCAAAGUAGCAUCAUUCGUCGGUGUUCUGCAGCACAGCACACAGGUCGAACGAACCGUGUAGUAUCAGCAGCAUCAAGCUAAGGAGCCGGAGUGUCUCUAGUGUACCGUCUUUGUUUUUCAACGCGCUUAUUCAAAUCGUCAAGCAUAAUGAAGUCCUUCAUUGUGUUGUCCAUGGCGUUGGUGGUCGUGGCCGGAGCGGCCGUUGAUGGUGGCAAAGCCAAGCGAGGCAUCUGGGACUUUGGUUCUGGGCACGAGUCAUCCUUCGGCGGUGGCGAUUUCGGUGGAAGUGAUUUCGGCGAUCACAAGGAGGAGGUGAAGCAUGUAACGAUCGUGAAGAAGGUACCGGUACCGUAUCCGGUCGAGGUGACGAAACAUGUGCCGGUCGAGGUGAAGGUACCGUACCCGGUCGAGGUGGAGAAGAAGGUGCCGGUGUACGUGGAGAAGAAGGUCCCCGUGGUGGUGGAGAAGAAGGUGCACGUUGACCGUCCGGUGCCGUACCCGGUGAAGGUGCCGGUAAAGGUGCCGGUCAUCCACAAGGAGUACGUCGAGGUACCGAAACCCUACCCGGUGCAUAUCGAGAAGCACGUCCCGGUCAUUAUCAAGAAGCCGGUGUACAUCGAAAAGACUGUCCCCGUGUCGAUUCACAUCAAGAAGAAGUCCCACUGGCACUAGCGCGUUGCCGUGGACGGUUGAUCUUUGUAAAUAAAUAGACUCACUAAGAGACCCCCGAAUCGUGCGCAUGUCUGCUGAUAGACAUGGCGAAACUUAAA